AUGCCGCGAAGCUGCCUGGCGCCGCUGCUGCUCGCAGCGGCGGCGCUCCUGGCGCUCGGCGCGGCGGGGCAGGAGGCCGUCGUGGCGGUCAGGGACGGGCGCGGACUCAGGGAUGCGCUGGAGGACCCGGGCGUGUCGGUGGUGUCCGUGGAGGCGGACCUGACGCUGGCGCCGCACACGGGCUGGCCGCGCGGGCGGCCUGUGGUGGUGGAUCGGCCGGUGAGCGUCGAGGGGCCGGAGGGCGGCGCGGCCAAGGUCUUCGUGCAGGACCUCUUCAUACCGGGGCCCGAUGUGGACUUCCUGAGGGCGGAUGGGCCGGUCGCCAUUAAUCUGACUAACAUCCAUGUCGUCGGCGUGCCGGUGGAUCUGGUAACCCCGCCCGGGCUCUGGAACGUCACAUUCCUGCUCAACGACUGCUUUCUGGAGCUGUGGAGCAACACCUCGGGCCCCGAGCCCCAGCUGUCGGCCCUGACCAGGUUUCAGAGGCCCCAAGGCUUCCCAGCACCUGAUGGCCCCCAGCUCACUACUCCAUUGUCACGAGGCAUAUGCGAGGAAGAGCUACAGCAGUUUGACUGCCCAAAUGUGUUUGACUUCCUCUUCCUAGUGGAUGUUGCAUUUGACUGGAAUGAAACGGGAACGGUCGCUCCUGCUGGCCAGGAGGGGGUGCCACCUGGCGUGUUCAGCGCCAUGGACACAGCGGCUGCAUUGUUCGAUGUGGACAUAGCCACUGUCAGCGACACAGCAGGCCUUGUUGAGGCAAUUUCAGCUGAUGGCAGGUCUCGAUUGAAAGUCAUUGUGAUCAACGAUGGCAUCCAGAUUGCACAGGAUGACAUUGAUUGUUCUGAUGAACCUGUUGAACUGACCACCGACACCAUUAUUUUUGGAGGUGCGGCAUCUGUGCCUCCAGUGAACCUUCUGGACUUCGCUUUUGCUGAAGGCUGCCUGGUGGUGCCAGGCGAUAUCACUGUCAGCUUGACUAACUUGCUUCUCAACAGCACUCAGUUGAGGAGUGUUCCAGGCCAGAAUGCUUGGCUGGACCUUGUGCCCUUCUUCGACAAAAGCCGUGGUGCAAGAGUUGACUUGACAAAUGUGGUAUGGAAUUUGGCGUAUGAAGCGGAUGCACCGCUCACAGCCACAGAAGUUCUUGAAGUGCUUCAGGAUCGUGACCCUGUCGAUGGUGAGCCUGAGGAGCAACUUGCAGAGCUGAAGAAUGGGAGCUACUGCAGCGAUGAGUUCAUUGGGAGCAGCAGCGCCUGCGUUGAAUCGUCGCAGUGUUCUGAGCUGAGCACUUGUCCUGAUGGAGCGGUGGCCGUUGAUAGUAUAUCUUACACGAGAGGAGGCACAGGCUACUCACUCAUGAGCAGCGUCCUUAUUACCAGAGAGGCUGGCACCUUGACUCCUGCUGCACCUGUCCCAAGUUCAGAACCUGUGCCAAGCCCAAGCCCUGCAUUGGAGCCGCCACCUGUAGGCAGCACUGGGCCCAGGCCAUCACCCAGCGUUCCAACCGGCCCUGCGUCUGGAAGUGAGGGGCCAGUUGAUGCCCCACCAGUUAAUGGGGACCCCCCGAAUCCUGAAGAUGAUGAUGAUAUUGGUAUGACAGCCAGCAAUGGUGGACAAAACGGAAGCAGUGGCACUGCUGUCGAUUCUGACAAUGUGACAAGCAAUGAAAUGAUGGAAGAUGGAAAGAAAGACUCGUCUGGCUCAAGUUCAGCUGGGGCUGUGGUUGGCGGAGUCGUGGCAGUGGUGACGACCAUUCUCGUCUGCAUUGCUGGGAUUUGUUUUGGCAUCCGGCGAUACAAGCGCAAGAAGGGAAAGAAGGUCGAAAGCCAGGAGGACCCGAAGGAGGGCGAGAAGGAAGUGGGUGCUGUUUCGAAGGACCCUGCUGUGCAGCCCACCUUCACCAAAUUCGUUGCAGUGGAUGCAGACAAGCACAAAGUGGUUCUGGAUAUGGAAACCGGGGAGGAAGGCGUUAUCGAGGAUGACGAGAUGAUGAGCAGUAUCUCAGAUGACUUCUCUGAAGAAGUGGUGAAGUCAGAGCAGGAGACUGCAGAGAAGCUGUUCGACAACAUCGUGAUGGGGGAUUUACUUGGGCAGGGGAGCUAUGGCAGGGUGUAUAAAGGCACUUGGAAUGGUGCAAUAGUUGCAGUGAAGGUCUUCACUCACACAGUUGAGGAUGAGAGGUUGGAGGCGUCCAUAGAGCGUGAGAUCCAGUUCAUGACCGAACUCAGGCACCCAAACGUUGUGCAGCAGUUCAAGGCGGGAACACGGCAUGUCACCCCCAAGUCACCAAUGAAGCGGCCGAACAGUGACAUCGAGGCGUCAGGCCAUACAAGCUCCUCCACAGGCAUCCACUCAGAGACAUAUGAGUCGGCGAUGCAGGCUAUUAAAUCAUCCCGAAAAGCCUCCAAGGAGACGUGGAUGGUGAUGGAGUACUGUGACUUGGGAAUACUCAGCAAUGCCAUCAAAGCAGGGUGGUUCUAUACAGACGACAAUAGGACACAGUUGAACAUGGAGUGGGUUGUAAGGACUGCACAAGACAUUGCUCGGGGUUGUCAAUACCUUCAUGAGAACAGGACAGUGCAUGGCGACCUGAAACCACACAACAUUUUGCUAGCAACGUCCGCUUACGACAAUCGAAGAUGGGGUGCAAAGCUGGCCGAUUUUGGUGUUAGCAGGAGGAUGGGAGCAGUGAGUCAUAUUUACACAAGCACAGUGGGCACCAUGGCGUACCUGUCACCAGAGAUCCUGAGGGAUGGAAAGUUGUCUGAAGGGGCUGACAUUUACGCUUAUGGGAUGAUAAGUAAGUGCAAAACUCUGAAGUGGUGCCUGCAUCAGAUUCAUAUGGCUUCAUGUAUGGGUUAUUGCUCCACCACAUUUGUCAUAUGA